AUAUACCAGAAUUUAAGUAACUUAAUUAACCAAUCAAAAGCAAGAAACCGGUAAAAUUGACCAAACAAGACAAACAAGGUGUGACAUAUUAUUAAUGAAUUAACAGCAUACCUUAAAACAAAAUCAGUCUUGAUGAAGUAUGAACACACUGUUAAUAUGAAUAAAUAAAUAAACCUGAUGUUAAUGGCUAGUUCAACAAUGCAAGUUCUUUGGAUGCUUUUUAUCCAGCAUUUAAACAUGGUUUAUAGCGCCUAAUAGCCAAAUUUUUUUAGUUAUGAAUACAUACUGUGGGUGAAACUGAAGAGAGCAACAAUGCAGUCGGGUAGAAUUUAUUACAAGUUCAGCAAUAUUUCAUGAUUGGUUGCUUUUUAUUAUGAAUAUAAUAUCGCUUUCAUUAAAAUGUGUUAUAUAUUUUUUGAUAGGCAGCCAAACCAGGAAACCGUUCUUUCUUUGUCCCACUUCGACUGGCACUUGAACCAUCGUCCGAUGACCAUAGACGGGUCAACAAUUAUGGUGAGCGCGCUAUAAGCAUAUACCAUGACUUCUGUGGAUACCUUCCGGACGAGUUGUUUCCACAGCUGGUUACAGAGUUUAUCGACAGGUUUCAAGACGAAGAAGGAAAUGAACAACCAAAGCUGGCACGUGAUCAUGCAGAACUUUACUUCGAUCAACAUCAUCGUGUAAUAAUGUCUGCAAUUACUUUUGGACUAAACCGACUGCUGAGGACAACUAUUCUUAGAAGGAAGCGAGAUGACGGAGCACAGGAAGACCUUGAACCAUUACCAGAAGCCUGUAAAACGGUUUUGGAGUUCCUUGAGGAGUCAUUCGAGGUCUCCCAACAGGGUGGCAGGAGGGGGUUUCAAUUCCAACGAUGUAUACCUUGCAGCAUUUGCAGCAAGAAUUCACCAAAGAAACACAUACAAUGGCUGGGGAAUUUUGAAAAGGAAUGCCUUCCAUGCAAAGACGAAGCAAUGAGUGUCGUAUGCUAUAAACGACUAUUUGCAGGUACUGUGGAUUCAGGUGAACAACUCUCAGAAGACAUGUCACAUACUGAAGGUUCUGAAUUAGAGAAGUGGGAUUUUAGAGGGAUGCUAGUGCGUGUCUCAAAGGACAUCGGUGACGAUCUGAAUGAAUGGAAAGUAGCCCUCAGCGACCAUAUUUAUACUGGUGCUUUAGAGAAAGCAAAAACAGCAAUUGCGCUCUUUGAAGUUUUGAUUGACAGGGCAAUAAUGAAGGAUGGUGAUAUAAGGAUCCUACUAGAGACCAUUAAGAUGACAGAUUCACUUCAUUUGAGGAAACACAUUCCGAAAUGUCAACCUCUUGACAAUAUGAAGAUCACUCAGUUCUCAAAAUUUAGGCAGUCUGUGAUGACAUUUGGAAAAGAACUUCGUGACGAUGACAUUAGGAAGCUUGUCUUCUAUUACAGGCUUCGUCGUCAGUACAGUGAUGGAUGGUCACUGAUAAUGGACUUGCAACAAGAACUAAUACUGGCGGAUACCGAUAAGUCGUUACAUGAUUUCAAAGCUAAAUUAAAUCCUGAGAGUUCUGAAUUAGAGAAGUGGGAUUUUAGAGGGAUGCUAGUGCGUGUCUCAAAGGACAUCGGUGACGAUCUGAACAAAUGGAAAGUAGCCCUCAGCAAUCAUAUUAAUACUGGUGCUUUAGAGAAAGCGGCAACAGCACUUUCACUCUUUGAAGUCUUGAUUGACAGGGCAAUUAUGAAGGAUGGUGAUAUAAGGAUCCUACUAGAGACCAUUAAGAUGACAGAUUCACUUCAUUUGAGGAAACACAUUCCGAAAUGUCAACCUCUUGACAAUAUGAAGAUCACUCAGUUCUCAAAAUUUAGGCAGUCUGUGAUGACAUUUGGAAAAGAACUUUGUGACGAUGACAUUACGAACCUUGUCUUCUAUUACGGGCUUCGUCGUCAGUACAGUGAUGGAUGGUCACUGAUAAUGGACUUGCAACAAGAACUAAUACUGGCGGAUACUGAUAAGUCGUUACAUGAUUUCAAAGCUAAAUUAAAUCAUAUGGGGCUAGAAAGACUUAGCAAUUGUCUAAACCGCUAG